AUGCCCAAAUCUCCAGGAGCUGACGUUCUCUGGCGCCUCACAGUGUUUCGAUUCAACUUUAGCGACUACGACGAGAGUGCUGAUCAGUUUAACUACGAUUGGAGAGAUAUCGAAGCCCUGACACAGGCUCUCAGUGAUAACGACAACCCCCUCGCCAAGAACUUGCGCCGUUUACGCGUCCGUUUCUACUGGUUAUGGACUCAUGAGCACGUGGACGACCCUAAAGCGGAUAUCAAGGCGCUUCUGAAGAUGCUGCGCGUGAACCGAAGCCUUGAAUUCCUCGAUGUGCAUUUGCCUCCUCCUUACCACGACUGCGUUGACAGUUUGCGAGGGCACCAAUCAGGCGUCCGUUUCCUAAGCGUCAUAUUAGGGCGAUACCGAGUGCCGGAGCUCGAUACGGAUAAGGCAAACGUUGCUGUUCCUCGGUGCGCGCAGAGCCACCUCGACGAGUGUGUUCUACCCGCUAUCUUCGAGUCCGCGGCACCACCAGCCGUGUACGUUCGCCAGGUUUUUGAUGAAAGCUGGCUUGCCCAAGAAGAGGAUGAAAUCGUUUAG